UCGUUCUCUACCACGACAGCUCGGACCUCACGACUCCAAAGUGUGUGUAGCGCAUCUGUCACCUGUAGCCUUGCUUUCUUCGUCACUCGCUCACACACUUCGUUUCGUGUGCUUUCACUGCGAUCUCAAGCGCGACCUUGCACUUUCAGGGAUUUCGUGUGCACGACUUGCGACAACCAGGAGAGGCCGCACGACAGCUAUCCCUCAGACGCGCAGCACCCAAGACAGCCGAUACGGCGUGACUAGUAACCCACUGCUACGACAACGCAAUUAUGGCCGAUGUAGCAAAGCGCAAUUCGGGAAGAGUUGCAACACCCAAGCAGACGGGCAGCCCACUCCCAGGCGAAGUCAUGGAAACCGCCAUGAAAGCAGUCGGAGGCCGUGUCCGCCUCACCAACACCCUCAACACCACCUUCGAAGGAACGCUCUACACCGUCGACCCCACCCUCCGCCUCAUAGCUCUCAACACGCGCUCCCCACCACCGAACCCUUCCACGAAUCCCGCUUCUGUCCCAGGCGACUACCAUAUCAUCCCUAUAGCUUCGAUCCGCGAAUUCCAUGUCCUAUCGCUCGGCGAGAAAGAUUACCUGAGCCAAACUGCCCCUACGAAGAUUGAUACGCGAUACUUGCAGAAUCGGCUGGAGAAGCGUGUGGAACAGUUACGAGAGGAGAAGCAACAUAAGGGACAGGGAGUCAGUGAGGAUGCGCAGAGGUUAUAUGAUCGGUUGAGACAAGUCAAUAUCCCAGUACGAUGGCACGCGGGACGCGAUGGUCCACAGAUGAUUGUUCACGAUGCAGUCAUGGUCUCCGCCCCGUUUGAGCCAGCGAAUUGUGUUGCGCCGGCAGACAAGCAGGCCGUGUUGCAGCUUGUGAAGAGGGUUAUUGAGGGGGAGAGGAAGAAGUUGGGAUUGUCGGCAGCUUCAGGAGGUGUGAGGAAGGGUGGCUGAGAAUUGCAAAGGAUUGAUGAUGAGAUCGAGAGCUAUAUGAGGACCUCAAUUGCUGGCCGAGGAAAUUCGGCAUGGCGCGCAGCCUUGCUCAGAAUGGCGGAGAAUCAUUCUUUGCACAAUCCUGUCUAUGCAAGAGGAGCGCAGUGGGAUGCUACCGAGACCGAGCGAAGGGCAAUACCUGCCCGUGCCGGAGAGCAAUAUGGCUCACUGGAGUAUUUGGCGUGGAUGCGUUCGCGAACAGUUCGAACGUAGUCUUAGCGAUGAGGAUUCGAGCAACUACAUCAAUCG